AUGGCUGAAAGCACUCCUAACAACUACGCGGAGGCAGUCUCACCCAAGCCCAUCACGGCCUUCGACGAGGCCAACAAGGCCGCCGCUCGUCUCAUCAAGCCCAAGGCCAUCCUGUACACCACUGCCCUGUUGUCGUGGAUGCAGCCGUUCCAGAGC